AUGUCGAAUAAUCUGCCAGUCAUUUUCAAGCAGAAAAGCGCACCGGAAAAAAUCACGCAUGAUCCUCUCAAUAUCCCAGGCAACCUGAUCCACGACGAUAUAGAUUUUCAAGCAACCUAUGCUUAUAUUUUGAGUUUGCGUGAAGCCCCGGCUCAGGCUCUGGGUGCCUGGGAAGAGAAGACACUAGCCCCAGCGCCCACUUCCGUACAGCCCGACGGCCCCUACGAACCUAUCGCGGUACAUCUUGAAGAGAGUAUCAUGCGUGGCUACUUUCCCCAGUUAACUCCAUCUACUCGUGCGGCCAAUGCCAUAUGGGAAGAAUCGAAUUUACCAAUGACCACCAUCAAUUUGGCGAAAACCGUUUACUUCCGCUUUCGUUCACUCCAGCCAUCAGAAUCCAUGGAUAUCGCCCCUCCUGCUAUAGUCCAAUCUGGUUUUGAUAGUCCCGAGAGUGCGGAGUACAAGAGCAUAUUGGAUUUGUAUUUGGAAAAAAUGGCGAUCGUAAUUCUAGAGCGAAGCGAACAAAUUGCAUCAAGUAUGGUACUUGCCAAUAUUCGAAGUAACGAAUUCAGACAAAGAUGUAGAUCGAAUAUGGGUAACCUCGCGUUGGCAAUGUUCUUCUACAAGACUGUGACCGAUGACCAGAUAUACUACAUCUAUGGACCUAUCUGGUCAGCUAUUGACUUUAGCUUCAUCCGAGUUAGCGACACUCUCCCGGAAAAUCCUACACUAAAAGAAAACCUCCAGUGGGACUUGAGAAAAUUCACCAAAUUGGGAUUUGCCUCUUUCGCCUCUCAUUUCUUUGAGAACUGCUUGCAGAGGAAGGCCCUUCGUCGACAUGAUUCGCAGCAAAUGUCGGAAACCGAGAAGAAGGCUUUAGCUUCCAAGCUCGAGGAUGAGAAUGAUGGUAUUGCAGAAGACAGGGAUGCCUCUGCAAAUCCGAAGACUGAGGACCAAGGAAACAUCUUGUUCGAUGCAGAGGAAGCGAGGAAUAACUUCGAUCGAGGGAGAUUGAAGGUGCUUUGGCAUUGGAAAAAAGCACCAUAUGCGAAAUUCAUGGUGUUUCCUGAGACGUUGCCUGCUACGGCAACUUUUAAGACAAGUGUUGAUUUUGAGUGA